GGUGUGGUGGCCGCGGCGCCCCGGAGGCUGGCCGGCAAGGCUUCCUCACCCGCACACGGAAAUGGCAACAUAUGACGAUAGACAGUGGAUCCUAUCUCAUAUUCAAAAUUCCUACGUGACCAGUGAUGACACAGGGCUGUGUGAAGUGGUGGUGCAGCAGGAGUCUGGUGUGGCGAGCGUGGUGGAGUUUCCUUGCCUCGCCAAUACUGACUCCCCGCCACGCCUCAAUGAAGAUCCUCCACCACACUCCCUUGACAUUGCUCCAGAUAUGGACUUUGUGGGCCAUAGACAGAGGUCCUACACAGCUCAGAGGCUGGAGGUGAUGAGGAGGGAGAAGAAGAAUGCCUCCAAGGUGAAGAGAGUGGUGUGGAAACAUAAUACAGCCCCAAUUGACGAGAGACUGGAUGCUCCUGGGAAUUAUGAGAGUGAAUUGAAUGAGCUGUUUUCCCGUAAAGCUGUGAUAACUUCUCGCAAUCCCCAAGACUGUCCUCUACCCCAGCAGGCUCCUGUCUCUCUCCUCUCCCGCCUUGUGCAGCAAUAUCCUGACGGUCUAAAUAAUCCAUUUCUUGAAUAUGCGAAGUUUGAUGGCACGACACACACAAACGUCCAAGCUCGUCGCAUAAGUAUUUAUCUCUUGAUUGGAGAUGACCCAGCCCCAAACUACCCACUGGUUGUCUCUGUCAUCAACUGUCAUCAAGCACGGGUUAUUGAUCUCAUUGGUCUGAUAUGCUGGCUGUAUACCAAAGAAAACAGACAACCACCUCUCAGGGGUGGCGUGGAGCAUUAUGCUUUGCAUAUUGCAGAGGAGGAUGGCCAGGUGGACUGGGAUUUUCAGGCUCUGCGGCCACGGGACAUCAUUGAAAAGUUUGGUUUCAAUGUUUUAGCACUAGUCGAGAAGAAGACCGUCCGAGAAGCUUCACAGGACGUUGUAGUGACUUUAAAUGUAGCUGGUGGAGCCUUUAGUAAGAUAACAGUCGACAGCAGCAUAACACUCAAAGAAAUUCUCAAUAGAACAAUAAGCAAAAGAAAGGAUAUGGUAAGAAUAAAAGAUGCUGGGCUGGAUUACCACCUAGAGAGAGAAGAUGAGCCAGGCAUCGCAUUAGACCCAGAGAAAACACUUGGUGACAUCAACUGUACAGAAUUUGCUGUGGUGCGAGACAAUAGUAAAAGACACGAGCCUCUUAUGGAGUCCAACAACAUGUCGGUGGUGGAAGCAACGCUGUACAAGUCCUAUCGGGUGGUGUGGGUGUACAAGUUUGGCAAGUGUGAGGCAUCUCUGGGAAUUUCUGGUGAGAAGUUUGAGAUUCACCCACUGCCACCCAAGACACCGGGUCCCUUCCUGCCCCUGCGCUCCCGAACCCCCGUCACCUGCAACAUGGAUCAGGUGGUGGACUGCAGUCGCAAGGCAGAAAAGAAAGGUAAAAUAGAUAUUCAGAUAACCUGCCAAGGAGAAAACCGGUUUAAGGACUUUAUUUUUGAAUGCGAGACAAAAAUGGGGCAAGAAAUAUUAGACAAGUGUAGGCAUAUCUUUGAUCUCCGCUCAAGUUCAGUCCGUAAAGAAUUUUGGCGGGAGAAGAAGCCAUUCCGAAGACACAACAGCCUCUCCAUGAGGAGGAGGCCGAGGACAGAGAACCAUGUCAAUGAGGUAUAGUAAGUCAGCGUUUAUUCCUCCUUUCUGCAACGACUAGAGAUGACUGAAGGAGUGUGACAUGUUUGGAUGCAGUGAAAUCUGUUGUAGAAGUUGGUGAUACUUCAGUAUUUUCCUUUUUUUUUGUGGUCCAUUUAAGUGACACAAGUUAUUCACUCCAAGAUGCCUUUGUGUAGAAAAUGAUUUAUGACAUUUUAUACUUAAUGAAAGCAGUUUCAUUGUUGGCCAAGAUUCCAACAAACAUGUAGUUCUCAUUUUUCAGAGCAAACACUACAUUUCCUAAAUGAAUGUGCAUAUGUAUUUUUCAGAAUGUAGUUGACUAGGGCAGUUUGUAUUUAAUGAAACUAGUUACCUUCUCUGACUCAAUGAUGAUAAUUUAAAGUAUUUGAUAUUUUAAGAGGUACUUAAUGAUACUUUAGGAAUAAACUAGUCCAAAGCCUCAUCUGUUCUUCCUGAGUCAUGCAGUAGACAUUUCAAGCUCAAUGUGAGUGGCUCCCAAGUGCUUCCAGUGCUUUGAUGCAACCUUGGAGCUGUUGGAUCCUUCAAAGACAGUACAGUACAAUGCUGAAAUAUUGACAGGACAUCCAAAGAGCUUUAAUGUUUAGCACUUGAGCCAGUUAUUAGUUCGUACAGAUGUUCUGUUUGACACUGCAUCCCAUAAGCAUUGUGACAUAGACAGCAUCACAUGAUUUACUAGAUGAGGUUGUUUUAGUGAUAUUGGCCUGUUUUAGUGGAUGGCCUGGAAGUGUCCACUAUUCUGUUGCCUGUCCUGUGCUAAUUUGGUUCAAGAAAAUUCAUGAUGAUAGCAAAGUGUUAGUGUCUGUAGGAGCUCAGAUGAAUGUUAGUCAUGCAGUUAGUAGGGUGUACUUUACUUUUUGUGGUUUGUACUGGAGAAGCCAUGUUAAUAUGUUCCAUGCAUAGCUAAAUAGCAAGGUGAAGCAUUGAAUCUUGUCCAUUACCGUGAGGAAUGUUGAAAAUUCUUGAAGCCUUUCAUUGUAUGUUAUAUGACCUAGGAAGAGAUAGUUAAUUAUUAUAUUGUGGGGAUUUUAUAUGCUCAGAAAAAUCCUAAGUUUAUGAUAUAUAUAUGAUGCAAAAUUCUUAAAUCUGUUGUUUGAUAUUAUUGGUAAAAUAUCUCUGCUAAGGAAUAAAAAAAAUUUUAGAGGAUUUGCUGUGAGAAGCAAAGGGCUUUCAACUGGGUUGGUUUCCUCGCAGAAUAUUACAUGAAAACAAUAUUUUUUUUGUAACCAAAGCAUUAGGAAUAAGUAAUAUGUUAUUGAACUUCUAAACUCUUUAGAGAAUGCAUGUGAGUAUUCCUGUCACUAAUGGAACAAACUCAGAUCUUUUCAGUGGCUGGGACCAAAACAGUCAGGGUGUUGCAGUAGAUACUUGCUGGCUCUUCAUCUUUCAAGUACUUAUGAACAUUUUUACACAGGUACUUAACAUAAUAAGAACUUGAACUAAACUAUCACUGGUAUUCUUGUGUUGGUUAAUACUAAGUACAAGAAGCUAAGAGUGAACAGUUGAGUGAGCACUGUUCUUUACAAGUCCUUUUCAUGUGAGAGGAUGCACUGGAGAUUCUAAAGUCACAGGUUGAUGACAUUUUAAGGGUAAAUUUGGAAAAUCCUAAUCUUUCCUUCUUCCCAUAGCUGAUGAGAGUGAGUAAGGACCAUGCCACAUGAGACAAUUUUCAUCUUUGAUGAUGUACCCACCAAUGAAAAGAAAAUAAUUUUGUAAAAUACAGACUGAUGAUUCUAUUCAUGGCAACUGUUCCUCCCAAACUGGACCUCUGGGAAGACCUUUGGGUUAGGGAUGUGUGGAGCACUGUGAAGAGUUGGUUGCAUUUGAUUUUGAGGAAACCUUUAACUAAUUAAUUGUGCAUCAGCUUGUAACACUUAAAAGAAAAAUCUACAGUUGUGAAUUUUUGUAUGAAAAACAAUAGAAAUGAUACAAUCAUUAAUUUGUUGGGUAGAUUUGAUGCUCUCAAGACAUUUGGUCUACUAGUUAGACUGGUCUUAAAGGUGUGUGUGUGUGUGUGUGUGUGUGUGUGUGUGUGUGUGUGUGUGUGUGUCCUGAAAGUGAGUGAACACUUUGGGGCCGACAUCAGUGUGAACCCUGGCUGGGGACUGUCCAGUUUUGGAGGAGUAUGGUGUACUGUAUUGAAAAGUUUUUGUUUAGUUGAAAAUAAAUUUUAUUGUAUAAA